ACAGGUCUGAGCGCAACGCAACCCACACCUACGAGAUGGGUGCCAACACGACGGCAGUGUCUCCCUCACUCAUCUUGGCUGCCAGCCUGCCUCCUCGCAGAGUCUCAUCCCUGGGCAAAGUUGCCACCCCUUGCUUGCUCUGGCCCUCUCUCUGGCCGGUCCGGUCCUGCGUGGCCCAGGGCUGAGUGUUUUGUUCUGCACCCCGCCCAAGCCAAGCUUGUUUCCGACCUGAUCUUGAUCCUCGCACGACGCCAUGAGCUCCCUGUGGCCCAAUGGCCGGGCCCCUUUGGCCGAGUCAGCCAUGUCCAUUGCCCCCAGGAACCAACUUGAGCACAUCGUCUAGAGUCUUGUUUGCUUUCCAAGCCUCUGACGCGCCGCCGCUCGGGACCUCUCUUCAACCUCAGCUGCUGGGCUGAGUUCAACCUCUGGAGCGCUCUGUCCGGGCCUCUACGGGCGGCUCUGCGACAGAACCACGAGGGCCUCCAAUGUCUGGGCUCUUGGAUGCCGUCCGUCGCAACUGGCACAUGGUCAAUGCCGAGCCCGUCCAGAAGACAGAAGCCCCCCUCAGGCUCGGCCUCAUUGGCGCCAGCAGCAUCGCGCCUCACUCAAUCAUCAACCCGGUCCGCACUCACGCCGACAUUGUCGUCCAUGCCGUCGCCGCCCGCGACGUCGAGAGGGCGAAGGCUUUCGCUGCGAAGCAUGACAUCCCCGUAGUCAAGAACUCAUAUCAAGACCUGUUGGACGACCCCGAGAUCGACUGCGUGUACAUCAGCCUGCCAAACUCGCUUCACUACGAGUGGGCACUCCGCGCCCUCAAGGCCGGCAAGCACACCCUGCUCGAGAAGCCCGGCGUCAGCAACUCGUCCGAGGCAGAGAUUGUGUUCCGGCACCCUCUCCUGACGCCCUACGCGCUGCACGUCGGCCCGGCCGGCGCGGCGCAGGUCUCCACGCAGAAGAGGGACAGCCGCGGCGAUAUGCUGACGGGCGGUGGAGGGGCCCUGAGCGUGCCGCCCGUGCUGCUCGAGGCCAUGCACACGCUGUUCCACCCGGCGUGGGCGGCGUUCAUGGACUACGUCGACCCGCAGAGCGUCGCCAGCGCCCGGGUCACGGCCUACAUCCCCAGCGUCGUCUUCGGCAACGACAGCAACCGCUUCCGGUUCGAGCUCGGCGGGGGGGCCCUCAUGGACAUUGGCGGCUACACGGCGAGCGCGCUGCUCCGCGUCUUUGGCGGCCGCCCGCCCCUCGACUGCCUCCGGUGCGACACGGAGCCGGCCCUGCUCGACCCCCGCUGCGACAAGCACUUCCGCGCCCAGUACCGCUUCCCCAACGGCGGCCUCGGCGAGAUGGAGGGCCACCUGCGCGCCUCCAUCGACAAGAUCAAGCCCGUCGUCACCGUCACCCACCGGCCCGUCGUCGUCCCGGCAAACAAUGCCGCCGCCGCCGCCGCCUCGGGCGUCGAGUACCCCAUCGCCGCGGGCCACGAGAUUGUCCGUGUCCGCACCGUCAAGUUCAACCGCUUCCUCAUGCCCACCUUCUACCACUCCAUCGAGGUUCACGACGAGUACACCUUGCAGCAACAACAACAGGUCAGCGGCAGCGGCGGCAGCGGUAGCAGCAGGAGGGCCAGCGCGGCCGCGACGCACGCCCGGCUCGCGUCCACCAGCACGCGCAGCAGCGCGGCGAGCAGCAGCAGCACCACCACCGUCCGACUCGGCAGCAGUGGGAGUAGCGGCAGAGACGGCGGGGUAGUCAAGCGGUGGAAGAAGAGCCAGACGGUGCGCGCGUACACGUUCGAGGACGCCGGCAGAGGCCAGAGGGGCGACGCGAGCUGGACCACGUACCGGUACCAGCUCGAGCAGUUUGUCAACAAGGUCCGGGGCCGCAGGCCGGGCCAGUGGUUCAGCGCGCAGGACUCGCUCGAGGUCAUGCGCAUGCUCGACAUGGCGUACGUCACCGCCGGCUUGCCGCUGCGGCCUACCAGCAACUUCACGCUGGAAAUGUGAUUGGGCCACACUGCGGCGAAUUGUCAAGGAGCAGGGGCAGGGGCAGGAGGAGGAGGAUGGCUUGGGCGUGUGGGAGUUAUAAAAAGAAAGAUACCAAUGUUCUGAA